AUGGCGGCACUGGAGGACAUCCUUGCCCCACCAGCGCCCCGGCCGGAGGCCUAUGUUGAACCCAUCUCGCAGCUGCACAACCAGGCCCAUCAAAAUCUCACCGUUGAUGGCUUGGAGAGGGAAGACGAGGAAGAGAUUCGGAACCCCCCCAGCACCAGGAGGCAGCUCGAGCGCAUGCACCAGCUCUUUCGGACCAACCUGAUUUCAGACAAGCAGGGCAACGUCCUUUCUGCAAAGGAGCCCUGGUCCUGGGUGCAAGCAGGUGACCCACGUGCCUGCCUUCAAUGGAAUGAAGAUCCACAUGCCAGGAAACCUGUGGCAGAUCGUGCUCGGAGAACAGACCUGCAGCAGCUGCACCAGGCACCCUCAUCUGCAAGCGAAAAGAGGUAUGGCAUUGAGCCAGAUGUGGUGACCUUGGCAGCGGCGGUGCACAGCUUUGCACGGGGAAAGCGACCUAAGAAAGCUGAGGAAAUGUUCGAGAUGAUUUUGAUGCGUGGACAAACCCGUGCAGAUGUUGUUAGCUUCAAUGCCUUGAUCGAUGCAUGGGUGAAAGCCGAAGAUGUCCAGCGGGCCAAGUACUGGCUCGAACGGAUGCUGGAGGUCGGGGUGGAGCCAACAGUGAUAAGCUAUACCACAGUCCUGAACGCCUACGCAAAGCAGGGCAACAUUGAGGCAGCUGAGGAGAUCAUGGAGCAGAUGAAAAGCAAGCAACUGGAG